CUUGACUUGGCCCCGUGUCUGUCAGGUACUUGUGGCAUGUACCUGACAUCAGCCAGGGUCAGACUUGUCUGUCAAUCCUCCCAACCACCUCCUUCCCGACGAACCCGUCUGUCUGCGGCCUGCCUGCGAACGUAUGUCCUUGACGACAAAGUCCACAACCCGGCUAUUGACACCAACACUGAAAUCUUCACCUGGGAUCAAGAUGAGGGAUGGAGCUGUUCAUCCGCCCUGGUCUCUCCAGCAGCUGGACAAGACGGAAUCACAAAGGGUACCACAGGGGCCUGGUUUGUUGCAACCUGCCCGCCCUUCCAAAUUCGCUGGAUUGCAACCUCGUGUUGGGGCCCCCUGGUCGUCUCAACCACGCCAAGGGAACAUGGGGUACAUCAGUUCGAACGUCAGGCCAGCAGCCAAAAUCUUAUUGCCAGCCAGCCCAGUUCCAAGUCUACUACGUAUUGUCAUGGCACGCACUCGAGCCCGUCUCCCGCCUGACGCGUGACACUUUCAGCCCGUUCGCUGGUUUCCCCCCGCAGGCCCCGGCCAUCUCGGUGGCGCCCAAUAGUCACUCUCCAUCGGAC